GGUAACGAUAUGACUGGUUUAGCCCCCCUAUUUUGUGUGCAGUGGUGUAGCCCAGUUUGAAAUGUGAGGCGGUGACGUUCUCCUGUUGAAAACAGUGUGACAGUCGCGCAGGUGUCACGCUUCCAUUAAAGCUACCACUGCACGACACGAUACAGCACGUCCAAACAGCUGUUAGGACCGGACGCGAUCUCCGCACGCAAGAACAGCCCAAGCAAAAAACUCAAUGGAAAUGCCGAAUCUGAACAACGAGCUGCCCGUGAGCGACGAUGAGGUGCCCGGGCUCCGCGUACCUCACUCUCCUAGAGGGACCCCGCCGCGCCAGACGUCGCUUGCAGAGGUGAUGGAGACUGCUCGGAGCGUGUCCAAUCUGACCAUCGCGCACGAGAUCGUGGUGAACCGUGACUUCCGUUUCAAACAGAACAGCCCGACUCCAGACAGUUUGGAGGGAAGAGUCAAGGAGAUUGUGCACCGAGCCUUCUGGGAUAGCUUAGAGGCUCAGCUAGCCCACAGUCCUCCAGACUACAGCCAUGCAAUCAAGCUGCUGCAGGAGAUCAAGGAGACCCUCCUCUCCCUGCUGCUCCCGGCUCACUCCCGCCUGCGCUCUCGCAUCGAGGAGGUUCUGGACAUGGAUCUGAUCCGACAGCAGACGGAACACGGAGCGCUGGACCUGCCGCGGGUCGCUGGCUUUGUCAUCGGCACCAUGGCAAUGCUGUGCGCGCCUGUCCGUGACGACGAGAUCCGCGGACUCAGAGAGCCGAGAGACCCCGCCCCCCUGCUCAGGGAGAUCCUGCGAGUGCUCGGCCUCAUGAAAGUGGACAUGGUCAACUUCACAGUGCAGAGCCUCCGGCCACACCUGCUGCAGCAGUCUGUGCAGUACGAGAGAGCCAAGUUCCAGGAGAUUCUGGACAAGCAGCCAGAUGCCCUGGACCACACCACAGCCUGGCUGAACAGGGCAGUGCAGGAGGCAGUCACAGCCCCUUCUAACAAGGGUCCUGGAAAGACCUCCACCUCCCCCAGUCCUGCAAUCCUGAGCCCCAGCGCCGUGCUGGACCAGGCCUACCUCUCCCUGCUCAGGUGGGACCCAGACUGCCAGCUCUACCCAGAGACGGUGCAGAUGGAUCGAUCCCGCUUGGAUGAGCUGAAGCGCUGUGUCGACGUGUUGACCCUGAUGGCAUCCGUCCUGCUGGUCACCAGUAACCAGUGUGGGGGCGCUGUGUUUCCCCUGCCAGGGUUUGUAGGUAAACUGAAGCAGGUCAUUGCUGCCCUGCUGGAGGGCAGUCAUCACAGGACCUCCGACCUGGUGGGGGCGCUGCAGGCUGUGGGGGAGCAGGUGAAGCUGCAGGUGGGGCAGGCUCUGCGUGAGCACGGGGGGGCCGCCCUGACCCCGGAGCAGGAGACCACCCUGAAGGGCCAGAUCAGCGAUAUCGCCCAGGACCACAGCCCCAUCCGCAAUGUCAUAGCCGGACGGAUUUUCUCGUUCCUGCAGGGCUUCCUGGGCCCCCCUGCUCAGAAGAGCUCCACACCGCUCCCUGGUGGCCUGGCUCCGGUGGGAGCAGAGCUGGCCGAGGUGGGCGCUGCUUUCGGGCAGAUCGUUCACCACAACCGCCUGGUCUUCGGGCCUUUCUACUCCUCCAUCCUGAAGAGGGCGCUGUUCCCCCAGGGGGAGUCUGAGACCAGCGUCGACUCCCGCUAGGCACCGGGCGAGGACUGUGAGGGGAUGAGAGAAGCACUCUGGGAUUUCAAUUCCAAGUCCUGGCGAUUGUGUGCAAAGCUUGCAAUUUUUCUGUUAUUUUUUUAAUAAUGUUUUUGUAUACACAAUGUUACAUAGUAGGAGAUUGCCUCUACUUGCCUGAACUGUUCCCUUGGAAACUAGCAUAGGAAUAUACUGUCGAUGUCACAUCCUGUAUGCAACAAUGGAUUAGAAUGUUUUUAAAAAUGGCGCUUGAGUGAAGGGAUUGUUAGUAAUGAGGUGGAUAUUUUUAUAAGCUGAAAAUAAUUUGUGCGUUGUUUCAACGAAAGACAAAUACAUACUGUAAAUACACGAAUAUUUUAUUUGAACAUAUAUAUGUAUAUUUUAAAAGCACUUAUGGUUUAGACAGAUCAAUUGUUAAAGGCUAUGUAUGAAUAAAUAUUUUUUUCUGCCAAAAAACUUUUUUUAAACGGUU